GCAAGACAAGCAUGGAUCUCAACGCAGCGUGGCAGGAAGUGGCGCUCUUCCAGGAGACAGGCAUCGCCACCUCCGCUCAUCUGCAUGCGGCCGAUCAGGAGAAUGCGCUUGUCCACGAGUUCCUGGCAAAAAUCCCGAUCGCGACGCUGUUCGCGUGUCUGCAGGACGCCAGCGACCGCGGAUCCGCCAAGCAGGUGAACCAGGCGUGCAGCUGCAUCAACCGCGUUUUAGGUGCCGAGGGCGAUGGCACGAGCCUUUUCUUCCAGCCUGACAUUGUGCCUUUCGUACUGGCGGGACUGGCGCACGUUGAGAAAGAGGCGAGAGCGCUGGUGGUGAACCAGUUCAUCGCGCACCUGGGCAGGAAGCCCUCGCUGGGCCUGGUCAAGGUCGUGACUGACCCGCUGGUUCUGGAGCAGAUAUGCAGCGUCGUUGCUGAUGAUGACAUUGAGAUCGCCGCAAAGGCUUCGACCGUGCUGGAAAUGUUUUCAAGCAUUCCUGACAGCGCAAUCUACAAAACCGUGCUCGACUCUCUAAAGACCAAGGCACAGAGCAGUGAAAUUACGGAGAACUCGAUCGAGUUCAUGCGAUAUCUAGAGACAAUUGUAAAGAUCUGCGCCCAAAAGGAUGAACACAUGGAGUACGGUAUCUCCACGGAGUCGAUUGAUUUGAUCCUGAACUGUCUGAAGUCUGAUGACCCACUCUUCCUGAUGAACGUCGUGGAUUUGGUGCCGGCGGUGUGCCAAACCACGAUUGGUGUUCGGUAUAUCUUUCAAUCGGGAACAUUGAAAACGUUGCUAGGCAUGACGGAAGAUCCGUUUGUCGGAGGCAAUGCAGUUCGCCUCGUGGGCGAGAUCUCGGCUACAGCGGCCAGUCUGAACAUUGAGUCGUGGAGUUGGGGCGACGCCACUUUGUCCAAGGCGUUCCUGGAAACAGUGGAGAGCAAGAUGCAGAGCACGGAUUCGUUGCAGCAGAUCGCCGCAAUGGACGCGCUGGCUGCGUUUGGAUCGUCAUCUGACAAAGAGCUCCAGCUCUUGCUGCAGCAUCGAAGCAUUUGCCAGAUGUGGUUACAGUUUGGUAGCAGUGUGAAAAUGCCCGUGAAGGCGAACUGUUUCCACUCGCUCGCGCGCGUUCUCGGUGCACACACGCGACUGACGAAGCAACCCGAUCAAGUUCCUGCGGAGAACGCGGGCGUUUGGAGCAUGUGUGAGCGCCUGUUCAACAGCCUGGGUGCCGAGUGCGCGCAGCAGUCCACGAUGGUGCAGCUCAUGAACGCGCUGAAGCAGCCGUUCGAGGAGCUGCGGACGUCCGUGUUCCACGUCAUGCGCUCGGUGGCAGCGCAGAACAGUCCCUGGGGCAUUCGAGCGCUGCUGUCUUAUGGCGGCUUCUUCGAGUUCCUCAUGGAUCGCACCACGGAGCCGACCAAGGAGACCCGCGAGUGGAAGUUCGCCGUGCUGGACGCCGUGCUCGCCUCGCCGUUCCAGUCGCAGCUGGAGGCGUCUUUACUGGAAAAGCUGCAGGCGAGUCUGCGCCGCGGACCGUACGCUGGUGCGGCGGCGCCCGCCGAAAUGGAGCUCGAGUCGGCGUAGGCUCGAAGUGAAUGGCUUGCAUGUGUCACUCGUGCAGCAUCUUGAAGUGGUGAUCAGCCUGCCACGUACGCACCAGCUGCUUACCGCUUCAUUUUCCACCAAUUGUAGUAGGUUACAAAGCGACUUUUUGGACUUUUU